UUCUAGACACAAAGACGCAGCCGCUGAGCUUACAAGUUACGAGUCGCCGAAACGCUGACCAGUCAGUCGAAUUUCGUCAGCGGAACGGAGCUAAUAUUCGAAUUACAUACUUUUCAACAAAUCUAGUUUACCCUUUUACUUUAUAAGUAACGGGUAGAAAAAGUGCGGAAUCUGUGGCGGUGACCUCAAGGCAUAUAAUAGAGACUGCUUAACGCCCACAUAACGCACACAGAAUACACAUAUUCUCUAAAAACUACAGAAGUUCUUUUAUCACCGGCAAAGAGGGCCUUAUUGGGCCCUUCGACCACCUUCCUAAUUCGAGGUUAACAGAACCUAUCUCUAAGGCACCAACUCUACAAGCUGCCCAAACUAAUUUGACGCCGAAUCCUUCAUCAUCGACGCAACAUCAACGCAGUGUUAAAACUAUGAUACAUACCCUGCAGCAAAAUAUGUUUUAAUUCAGGCCAAUCGUGUGGAUUAUCAUGCAAGACCUAUCAUCCUGGAACGCUAAAAUAAUGUGUACCUUUUAGAUAAAUAUUUAGUUAGUACUUCUUCUGCUAGCACAAACAAAUUGGAUGGUUUUGUUUCCGAAUUAUGACACAUAGAGCAAAAUUAAAUGCAUUUGAAAACUAAAUUGGAUAAUGUAAAGUUUCGUCGGUAUCACAAACAAUAUGGAUAAAAUUUAUAUGACAGCAUAGUCUCAGUCGGUAACAAUUGUACCCUUAAUAUUAAUUAAUGCAUAUUUUUACCUGCCAGCCACAUUUAAUUCAGCAAACAAACUGUCCCGUUAAAUGUCUUCUUCUAAGAAGCCUAUUGGAAGGCAUGCAGUUUUAUGUUCAAUGGUCGAAACGUCUGCCUGCAGAACACGAUUGACAAGGUCUUCGAUAAGGUGAUCGCGGCGAGGCUUGACGAACCAAUAGGCUGCAGGGGAGACUUUCUCCAAUAUGGUUUCCGGAAAGGAUUGUCGACGAUGAACGCGAUCUCCACUAACAGAGCCAUUGCAGGCUCCAGGUGGAAGGGUGGUAGGAAGAAGUACUUCCUGGUGGUAGCUGACUGGACAAGGAUGCUGGAGUCACUAAGGGCCUUUAAGGUCCCAAAUUACUUGCUGCAGGCCGUAGGCAGCUACUUCAGCAAUCGGGUGCUCGUCCUCGAAUCGCCAUUCGGCUCCAGAGUUCGAGGUCACGGCCAGAGUCCCACAAGGCUUUGUCCUGGGACCGCUGCUCUGGAACACCAUGAACAAUGGAAAGCACCAAUAUCGUGAGCUUUGCCGACGUGGCGCUGACAGUGGUCGCAAAGGAGUUGUCCGCCGCUGAAGCAGCAGCAAAUACAGGCUGUUGAAGCACGGGUAGCUGUGGACGGGCUGGAGUUGGCCUCUCAAAAAACGGAAGCUGUCCUCAUCUCAAGCAGGAAGCUGGUGAAGGCAGCACGCAUCCAAGAGUGGGGUACCACAGUGAAAUCGCAGCACUCGAUAAAGUACCUUGAAAUACGCUCGACACGCGCGAGAGUUCCGAGAGCACCAAGAGUACGCCCACAAAAAGUUCAAACAUCGUGGUUCCUCGUCAGGACGGACAGAUUCAACAAUUUUGAACUUGAGCUAUUAUUUACGAUGACUUUAUUUAUUUAAAAUGAUUAAAAAAUGUAAAUUUUAUAAGCCGAACAGAGACUUUGUACCAAAAAAUAAUUUACCUUUAGGCAUUGAUGUCCAUAAUAACCGCCUGUUUGUGACAACUCCCCGUUGGAAGAAUGGUGUGCCUGCCAGCUUAGGUACACUGCCGUUUCCUCCAAAAGAGUCAAGCCCGGCAAUAAAGCCGUAUCCGAACUGGGAGGCUCAUGGAAAUCCAAACAAUCCUGACUGCUCAAAACUAAUGUCAGUUUAUCGAACAGCUGUUGAUAGGUGUAAUCGAAUUUGGCUAAUUGACUCUGGAAUUGUCAAUGCUACAAUAAACUUAAAUCAGAUCUGCCCACCAAAAAUUGUUGUGUAUGAUCUUAAAAGUGACGAACUGAUUGUUCGAUACAAUUUGGAAGCCUCUCAUGUGAAACAAGAUUCGUUGCACUCCAAUAUUGUUGUGGAUAUUGGAGAAGAUUGCGAUGAUGCGCAUGCUAUCGUAUCGGAUGUAUGGAGAUUUGGUCUUGUUGUUUACAGCCUAUCAAAAAACCGAAGCUGGCGCGUGACCAACUAUAACUUUUAUCCGGAUCCCGUUGCUUCGGAUUUUAAUGUUUACGGAUUAAAUUUUCAAUGGCUGGAUGGUGUUUUUGGAAUGAGUAUAUAUUACAAUAGGGAAAUAAUGGAACGCGUUCUUUAUUUUCAUCCAAUGGCAAGUUUCAAGGAGUUCAUGGUGCCUAUUAAUCUCUUGCUAAACGAAUCUGUGUGGCAAACGAAUACUCAAGAGUACGCCAAGUACUUCAUACCAAUUGGAGACCGCGGAUAUAAUUCUCAAUCAUCUACAACAGGAGUUACAAGGAAUGGCAUAAUGUUUUUUACACAAGUUCAUCAAGAUGAUAUUGGAUGCUGGGAUACAUCGAAACCAUACACUCGAGCACAUUUGGGAAAAUUUCAUAAUUUGGAAAACUCAAAUCUUAUUCAAUUUCCAAACGAUUUAAAAGUAGACAAAGAAAAAGAUCAAAAUGUAUGGCUUAUAAGUAACCGACUACCAAUUUUUCUAUACAGCAAUCUCGAUUAUGGAGAAGUCAAUUUUCGAAUUUUAAAGGCGAAUGUAAAUAAGAUUAUUCGCAAUAGUGUUUGCAAUCCGGAUAAUAAUUAUAAUAAUACAUCAAAAUCAGCUUUUGUGUUAAUAGAAGAAGGACAAUGUUAUUGAGAACUAUGGUAAAUAAACAAUUACACAACGAAA